AUGACCAUGUGGCCCUUCCAGCGAAUGAGCCGCCGGAAACGGACGCGCUCUGAUAUCGACGAUGACCUCCAGCGCCCUUUGCCAUCACACGUCUUCGACGCUCCAGCGGCUGCCGUCUCGGGGCUGUCUUUGUCUGCUCGCCAACGGAGUGUCCACAAGAAGCCUCACAAACUGCAGCGACGGCGUGCCUACAGCUUCGAUUUGGGCCGUGCUGACAACAUCGAAAUUGGUGGCGGUACUGCCCGCAGUGACACCGUUAUCAUAGGCCACUUUUAUGCUGCAGGAACUGGCAACGAACACGCUGACGCUGCCCUUCGCCACAAACCCACACUUCGACCGCCUAGUAAGCGCAAGGGUAGCAAGAGGCGGAAGAACACAAACGACUUUGAGCGCGAGGCCGAGCUCAAGGCUAUGAGUCGCGAGAACGUCCACCAUAACGGCAGGAAUUUCACACCGUUUAGACCAGCUGCCGAGCCGUGGAGUUCUGGCCGCGUUCUGAGGAAAGAGACGAUCAAGGCUCACGGCAGCUUCAGAAGGAGACAGGGCCGUGACAACGAGCAGCACCCCAGCGACGUGUCACUGCCGCUUGCAGAAUCCAUCGAUUCCGCCAUGUCUUCUGAUUCUGAGCAGAUUGCUUACACUGUUUCGCCGUUUGCCGCCCUGGCACCCAAACCAACACUGCGCUAUGCACCAACUGAUAGUGGGACUUUGCUGCAAAGGCUUCCAUCACAAAGACGCAAACUGGCACAGCCAAUUUCUGACGCCGUGCUGAAAGCGCACAAGCGCGUUGACGAUCUCGCCGACGAUCUCGAUGCCAAAGGUCUCCGCGAGCUAUUGGAGAGAGACCAACGAAGGCGAGACCGGAAACGUCAGCGCGAUCAGGAACGGAUUGAGCAACGACUUCGGCAAGCCCAACAGGCGCCAGGACCGAGCACGUCGACUAAUCUCGACCGUGGUGUGCUGGGCCGUGAAAGCGCUGGCUUAGGACGCGACACGACCUCGGCAGUUGUCACUUCUUCGACCAGAAGACACUCUGCUCAGACGCUAAUUUCUCCACCUGCGUCCCCGUCUGCCUCUCCGCAAGACUUUGAGUACCAGCCACCGGCCCAGGCGCAAAAACACCAGUCAUUUGUAAGCAGUGCAACGGGCACUUCGGUACUCGAAGAAGACAUGAUUAUCGACACGGUCGGCCAAGAGGACUCGGCCAGUAGCUCAAGGCCACAGCGGCGCCGCUCACCAAUCCAACAGUUCUACCGGCCAGAAAGCAUUCCAGAGGGCCUCAAUGAGUUCGAGCCUUCUCCGCCCACUAUGGCCGUCGGGGAGAGGAAAUAUCCCGCGCCGACUCCCGAACGGAGAAACUCGAAACUCAGGCGGCUGAUCACGUCGAGGAAGCGGCAGUCUCUCGGCUCGUCCUUGGAACAAUCUGAAAAGGGUGGACAGCCGGCCGAGUCGUUUUCACACAAAACCUCGGUAGCCAGUACGGCUCCGGGCUCUUUAUCAUGGGGAACUUUCGCCAUGCUUUUCAGAUGGCGUCUGAAAGCAAAGCAAAGCUCGGGGCCAUCGUCCUUUUCCAACCUGUCGCGCGACUCUAUGACGGCAAAAGCUCCGCCACGGAUGCAAGCCCACGCACGGUCGCAUUGGCAGCAGCAUUCGCUAUCUCAGCUGCCAAUACAGUCUCACCCACCCGCUGCAGCAGUCGCUACAGAGCGGAGUGCAGCUCCUCAUCCCAUGAAGGUCGGCGGUGGCAUCCCGCAGCGGACGCUAUCACGAUUCCGAGAAGACCUACCCGACUUCCUCAUGUCCCCCCCGACAUCACGAGAGGCAUCCCCUGAGGUAGAGCCUGUCCCCCCCGUCCCUCCCGUCCCCGAACAUAUCUCUGCCGACGAACCAAACCGAACUCUCUACCUCGGCGACGAGGAUGAUGAACCCACCGUCCCGACUGCUGUUUGCGUGCCACAACACGAGUCGGACCAGUUGCGGGCUCAGUUUUCUCGCGACAGCAAUGGCGCAAAGGCUAGCAUGCGUGAUACGCCAACAUCCUGGCUGAGAUUGGACGAUAAGCCGUCUCCAGAACCAGAACCACAACAGGAUAUAUCUCUCGCAUUCAUCGAUUCGGAAGCAUCUUGGCUGUCAGGGCGCAUCGCUAAACGGCGAGUCUCGGGACAAAACUCUGCACAGGUGCUAAACUCGCUCGAUAGCUUGACCCGUUCGUUUCCCAAGCCACCACAGCCGCAACGCAGCCAUCGCUAUAGGGGGUCUUGGGCGUCGAACGAAACGGGCGAAACGGGCGAGCCGCCGGUUUCACCAGUCUCGUUUUCGAUGAUACCCGCAGUUGCUGCCAGCACGACGUCGGAUCUGGAGAUGACGGACGACGAUAUGACUGGUGUCGUCGAUGGCGCCUACAUGCACGGAGUCACUCGAUACUCUGACACCGCUUCUGUCUCGACGUCUGCAUUUCGGCGCAACUCGGGCGACGUGAGGCAAUCAAGCGACGAAGAGGACACUGCCCGUUGGGGAUCUGUCAACCAGGGACAGUCUGCGACAGUCGUGACUUUGCCCGCUGUCAGUGCUAUGAAGAGCAGAGAGGUGCUGACCGACUUCCUAAAUGGCGACAAUGGUUCCGGAUCCGACAGCAUAGACAGUCCCGUGAGUCUUGUCAGCCCGGUCAGUCUGACCGGCAGCGAUUUCUUGAAGGACGAAGACGCAGGUGUUCAGCGUGCAACAAGCGUGAACCUUGGCAAGGGCCAUGCACGGCACAUCAGUGCUGGCAGUGCCAAGCUAUUGGAACUUACGCCGCACAAUUUGACGGACGCUAAGGGCCAGACAGAUGCAUCGAUGUAA